AGAGAGAGAUGGUGGGUUGGGUUGUACAGACCCAAAAACCCUAGAGCGAAAAAUACAUCUGCAAAACCAUAAAUGCCCCUCUCCUCGCUUACCCUUCCUUAUAUCACUCUCCCACGAACCUUAAACUCCAAAGGAAAAUCGGAGCUGAAACCUUUCUUCUUCAUCCUUCCCUUUGAUUCCAAUCUUCUCUUAAUCGGAGUCAUUAUCGUUUACUGCACUAUAUGCUUCCUAGGAAGAGACCUGGUGAAGGAGCGGUUGUAGAAGGAGAGAGUGAGACUACCAACAACAACAACAGCCAAAACAACGUUCCACUUGCAUCAUCGCCGAUCAAGAAGCAGCGCACCACCGAAUCGGCCAAUAACAACAACAGUGUGACCAUCGGCAACAACAGCAGCAACCACAGUUCCAGUAGCGUGGUGGUUGAGCCAUCAAUCAUGGCUCCAGGCGACGCAAACCAUGAUAUCGAUGAGGAUCUGCACAGUCGUCAGCUUGCAGUGUACGGGCGUGAAACUAUGAGGCGUCUUUUUGCAUCCAAUAUCCUCGUCUCUGGCAUGCAGGGUCUUGGCGCUGAGAUCGCAAAGAACCUGGUUCUAGCUGGUGUCAAGUCUGUGACCGUGCAUGAUGAAGGCGUGGUUGAAUUGUGGGACUUGUCCAGUAAUUUUGUUUUUACAGAGAGUGAUGUUGGUAAGAACAGGGCCCUUGCUUCUGUUCAAAAGUUGCAAGAGCUCAACAAUGCAGUGGUUAUUUCCACCUUGACAACACCAUUGACCAAGGAACAGCUUUCUAAUUUUCAGACUGUGGUAUUCACUGACAUCAUUCUUCAGAAGGCUAUUGAGUUCAAUGAAUACUGUCAUAACCAUCAACCCCCCAUUGCCUUCAUCAAGGCUGAAGUUAGGGGGCUUUUUGGUUCUGUGUUUUGUGACUUUGGUCCAGAGUUCACUGUUUAUGAUGUUGAUGGAGAGGAACCACACACAGGUAUAAUUGCAUCUAUUAGCAAUGACAACCCAGCCCUAGUGGCCUGUGUGGAUGAUGAAAGACUUGAGUUUCAGGAUGGGGAUCUUGUUGUGUUUUCUGAAGUUCAUGGAAUGACAGAGCUCAAUGAUGGUAAACCAAGGAAAAUUAAAAGUGCCAGGCCAUACUCAUUCACUCUGGAAGAGGACACAACAAAUUUUGGUACAUAUGUGAAAGGUGGUAUUGUUACACAGGUGAAACAGCACAAAGUGUUGAAUUUCAAGCCAUUGAGAGAAGCACUUAAAGACCCUGGUGACUUUCUUCUGAGUGAUUUUUCAAAGUUUGAUCGCCCACCGCUCCUUCACCUCGCAUUCCAAGCAUUGGAUAAGUUUGUUUCUGAAUUGGGUUGUUUCCCUGUUGCUGGAUCUGAAGAGGAUGCUCAGAAGCUCAUAUCUAUUGCUGCCAAUAUCAAUGACAGUUUGGGAGAUGGGAAAUUGGAAGAUAUUAACCCAAAACUUUUGAGGCACUUUGCCUUUGGUUCAAGGGCUGUAUUGAAUCCCAUGGCUGCCAUGUUUGGUGGUAUUGUGGGACAAGAGGUUGUCAAAGCAUGCUCUGGAAAAUUUCAUCCACUUUUUCAGUUCUUCUAUUUUGACUCAGUGGAGUCACUUCCUACAGAGCCUAUUGAUGCCAGUGACUUUAAACCACUGAAUAGCCGUUAUGAUGCACAAAUUUCAGUUUUUGGAUCCAAGCUACAGAAGAAAAUGGAGGAUUCAAAUGUAUUUAUUGUGGGAUCUGGUGCCCUAGGCUGUGAGUUCCUCAAAAAUAUAGCUCUCAUGGGAGUUUCAUGUGGCAGUCAGGGGAAGUUAACAGUGACAGAUGAUGAUGUAAUUGAGAAGAGUAACCUCAGUAGGCAGUUUCUCUUUCGUGAUUGGAAUAUUGGGCAGGCUAAAUCUACAGUUGCCGCUUCUGCUGCUGCUGCCAUAAAUCCUCACCUCAACAUUGAAGCUCUGCAAAAUCGUGUGGGUCCUGAAACUGAGAAUAUCUUUGAUGACAAUUUCUGGGAGAAUUUAACAGUUGUUGUAAAUGCAUUAGAUAAUGUCAAUGCUAGGCUAUAUGUUGAUCAGAGGUGCCUAUAUUUCCAGAGACCACUUCUUGAAUCAGGAACUCUUGGUGCUAAAUGCAACACGCAGAUGGUCAUACCUCAUCUGACAGAGAACUAUGGUGCCUCAAGAGACCCACCAGAGAAACAAGCCCCAAUGUGCACUGUGCACUCCUUCCCACACAAUAUUGACCACUGCUUGACUUGGGCUCGAUCUGAGUUUGAGGGACUGCUUGAGAAAACUCCAGCAGAAGUUAAUGCCUACCUGUCCAACCCAGUUGAGUACAGUGCUUCUAUGAAGUCUGCUGGUGAUGCUCAAGCUAGGGAUAACUUGGAACGGGUUCUUGAGUGCCUUGACAGGGAGAAAUGUGAGACAUUCCAGGAUUGCCUCACUUGGGCUCGCUUAAAAUUCGAAGAUUAUUUUGUUAACCGUGUGAAGCAGUUGAUUUAUACAUUUCCUGAGGAUGCUGCAACAAGUACUGGUGCUCCAUUUUGGUCAGCACCAAAGCGAUUCCCUCAUCCACUUCAGUUCUCCACUGCUGAUCCCAGUCACCUCCACUUUAUUAUGGCAGCAUCUAUUCUUCGAGCAGAGACAUUUGGCAUCCCAGUUCCUGACUGGUUCAAGAAUCCUAAGAUGUUGGCUGAGGCUGUUGACAAGGUAAUUGUUCCAGAAUUUCAACCAAAGAAAGAUUUGAAGAUUGUGACUGAUGAGAAGGCUACUAGUCUUUCUACUGCAUCUGUUGAUGAUGCAGCAGUUAUUAAUGACCUUGUUGGAAAUUUAGAGAAGUGCAGGAGUAGUCUACCAGCAGGAUUUAGGAUGAAACCAAUUCAGUUUGAAAAGGAUGAUGAUGCAAACUACCAUAUGGAUCUCAUUGCUGGCCUUGCUAACAUGAGAGCAAGGAACUAUAGCAUUCCAGAGGUUGAUAAGCUGAAAGCCAAGUUCAUUGCUGGAAGAAUCAUCCCUGCUAUUGCGACUUCCACUGCUAUGGCUACAGGUCUUGUCUGCCUUGAGCUGUACAAGGUUCUAGAUGGAGGGCACAAACUUGAGGACUACCGCAACACUUUUGCCAACCUAGCUCUUCCUCUAUUCUCUAUGGCUGAACCAGUUCCACCAAAGGUUAUCGAGCACCAGGACAUGAGCUGGACUGUUUGGGACCGGUGGAUCUUGAAAGGUAAUCCCACUCUUAGGGAACUCCUCCAGUGGUUGAAGGACAAGGGUUUGAAUGCCUACAGUAUAUCAUAUGGGAGUUGCUUGCUCUUCAAUAGCAUGUUUCCUCGGCACAGAGAGCGACUAGAUAAGAAGGUGGCGGAUCUGGCAAGAGAAGUGGCAAAAGCAGAAUUGCCACCUUAUCGAGGCCACUUGGAUGUUGUGGUGGCGUGCGAGGAUGAUGAGGACAAUGAUAUAGACAUUCCUCAAAUAUCUAUUUACUUCCGUUAAGAUUUCGUUUUCUUCAAUCCGCCGAGCCAUUCAGGCAGUGAUGUAGGAUCAGAACUUAUUAGCCUUACUUUGGCGUUAUGUCAAUUAUAAGAACGAAAGGGAUAUUCCGCAAUUUGCAUUUAUGCUUUUAAAAUCCAUCAUGUUUAGUUGCGAAUGGAUUUUAAGUUUGCAAAUCAAAUGUUUGAUUAAACUGUUAUAUUUUAUCUGGCUAGCUAGCAAACCUUUCUAAUAC